AUGGAAGCACCGCCUCCAGUUGCACCUAUAGCUGCUCCUCCCGUUCCCGAGGGAUGGAAGGCCGAGUGGAGUGCCCAAUAUAACACUUGGUUUUACUUGAACCCAGCAGGAGGUUCGCAGUGGGAAUACCCAGGCCCACCACAACAGCAACAACCCAUCUAUGCUCCACCAAAUGCCGCUCUUCCAACACCACCUCUACAGUCACCGCCGUUGGAGCAACCACAAUACCCAAUUGGCCAAGAAAUGCCUCCGCCCUCAGACGGUGACAGAGGUCUUGGGAAAGGAUUGCUCAUGGGAGCAGGAGGCCUCCUCGCCGGCGCAUUCGUGGCCCAUAAAAUCGAGGAACACAAACACCACAAUCACUUCUGGAGCGGCGGCGUCAAGCUGCCACUCGCACCAGCUGGAGCCGGUGGACUUUUAGGAGCCAUGGGAAGCCACUUGCCGUUCGGUAACAACAGUGCAGCUCCCCCUGCACCACAGCCACAACCACAGCCCCAAGUCGCUCUACCCCAGCACCACGGCUUCGGAAGCUACAUGCCAGCAGCUUUUGGUGGAGGAGGUGGUGAACCUAGACUGAACAUCCACUGCGCAGCCUACUGCGACCAAGACGUCACCAACGCCGUCCGCUCCAUGGUAAAACCCGGCCAAGUCUUCGAAGUCGACACCAACAAACUGGUUGAUACCUUCGGCGACCCCUGGUCCGGCAACCGCAAGCAAUUCUCCAUCCUCUAUUCCUACGGCGAGCGACCCUGGGAGCUAGCCGCUUCCAGCGAGCGCAACGGGCUCUUCCAACUGCUGCCCCAUCAGCCGCUUGAUAGGAAGAGGAUGGAGUUCGUACAGGAUCCGAAUCAGAGUAGGGUUAUUGCUCUCGUGUGGGGAAUGGAGAAUGGGUUGGAGGGCGGGAAAGGGAAGUUGGAGAAGCUGAGAGAGAUUGAGACAAGCGGGGAGUUCGAUGCUACGAAUGCGUGGAUGGGGUUUGAUGGCAUGUGUGGGCCGGCAAAGACGGCUGUUGUGUAUUAUCGGGCGCAGAAUGGUGGCGUGGCGAUUGCGUGUGCGAGGGAGAAUGGGACGUGUAGGUUGCCUUGGAAUCCACUUGCUAGGUGGACUUGAGGUAUCUCUUGCGGAGUUUGUGGGCUUAUAUCGUUGAGAGGGAAUUAAGAUAUUUGCCAAUGAAUUUGCUUUGCCUUG